CCAAUGAAGUUUGCCAUCAGUCCACUGACGCCCAAAUCAAUACAAACACCUAGUUAGCAGGAGAUCCAAGAUGUUCAAGAUCAUCGCUUUGGUUGCCUGUUUGGCCGUCGUUGCCUCUGCUCAGUACUACGAAGGAGAUCAAGGUCAUCAUUACGAGGAUCAUCAUUCACAUCCAAAGUACAAGUACGAAUACGGAGUCAAGGAUGGACACACCCAUGACCACAAGAGCCAAUGGGAACAUCGUGAUGGAGACCACGUGAAGGGACAAUACACUCUGGAUGAGGCUGACGGCACCCAUCGCGUAGUUGACUACAGCUCGGACCACAAGGGAGGAUUCCAGCCACAUGUGCAACGCGUUGGACAUGCUCACCAUCCACAUGGAGAGAGCUAUGCCAACAUUGAACAGCACUACUAGUCAAAAUGUUAAAAAUUCUUUAGCGCCCACCAAUAAACCUUAGUUCCUCUA